AUGUCGAACGCAUCGGAAAUUCUUGGGUACAUCUCGAGCGUAUUUGGUAUACUCACUAUAUUCGGAACCGUCGGAGGGCUGCUUCCUCGAUCUCAGAUGCGGGAGACGAAAGCCCAGUUGGACGACAUCAAGGGUAUGCUCGACAGGGGGCUGGAGGCAUAUAAAUUCGGGACAGAUGAAAUGCAACGUUGGAAGGAAAAGCUCGCAAAGUCAGGUAGACGACUCUCAUCCAUGGCCAUGAUACUGACGUUACAUCACGGUACUAGACUAGAAGACGACUAUCAUGCUCUCGACUUCACCUUCUCCCAAAGUCCACUGACUAUAGUCAUGCCAAUCUUCGGGCCGUGGAAGAGUUAUCGCAAAAUAUGGUCUUUGCUCCGUGAAGUGCGCAAGAGUCAAAAGGAGUUGACAAGCUGUCUUCUCAAGAUAAAAGAGUCAUCCUCACAAGAUAUACCUAUUAGGGAAAUUCCAGCACAAAUUCCUAAUCCGAACGAUAGCCAUGAAGGCGACGAUGUUACUUCCAAAUUUUCGCGUCGUACUUUCACCAGAAAUUCUUUCGCGAUUAUUUCCCCCAUCAUUGAACUUGCUCGCAAAGUGCGAAACUCACUGCACAGAAAAAUCGGUUCAUCGAAGAAGUGCCAAGCUUUCCUCGUGGAACUCGACUCCUUCGCCCAACUCUUGCAUAGCGUCUACGAUGUAUUGGUUUGUCGUCAAAACUCGACCGACCCAGUGCCUGAUUCGGUGGUGAAGGCAAUACAAUGUACGCUAGAGUCUUCGAAGGCGACUCUCGGAGAAUUCUACGCUUCCAUAGAGGGACAUCAAACGGACUUCUGGGAGGGCAGACCAGAGAGUAUGAUGUGGGAGUCGUGGCGGAAGGUUCAGUGGGCAUUAUUCAAGCAAGAAAAGAUGACGACCACAAGGGACAAGCUACGGGACGAACUACAAACCUUAAAUGCAUUGAUGUCUGCUUUGCAAUGGACUGCUCUCGACCGUCUGGAGGUCUUUUGCAAAACGCAACAGAUAAGCCUCGCACAAAUAUCUCGCUACAUGGAGCAGCUCCCAUCCCAACUCGGAUACUCCUGGCGAGGUGGAGCGAACGGUGCCAGUCGACCUAUUCUCCUCACCGAUAUGCUGGGGCAGAGUCUGUCCCUUCCCAUCGAACUAUGCGCCAGUAGCGAGAAACUCGACGGGCUUCUUAAGCUUUACUUCAAGGACCGUGUAGGCAGAGGAUUCGUCGACCGCGGCGAGUAUGAACUCACCAUCGUUGGCAACGAUUCAACACCGACACCAAUAAAUCCAAUGGAAUGGAGAAGGGCUGUCCACCCGGGUAGCAAUGUAGGAAUGAAUGCCGUUAUACGUCGCAAAGUCCAGACCACGGGCUCUUGCUAUUGUCCGAGCUGUAAACGCACCAUGGAUGAGGUCGCACCCCAGCGGAAGGGGGGUCAAAACUGUCCGUCCUGCGGAAUCUGGCUUACGAUCUCCCAGAGCGAAGGAAAUUCUACUAUCGAUGGCGAAGCAACGAGACCGCUUCACGCGCAAAGUUCUAUCAGACCGAGUUUCUCAUCUGAGCCACCUGAAGCGUCGACACACUUCGACAAAGAAGACGAUGACAUGCGUUUCAUUCGCCGCAUACAUAUAAUCGAAGAACGUCAGAGUACCAGACUGUUUAAUAGAAUGCAAGAUGAUCGGCAGAGACGUCCUGGUGGAUAUCUAGAACCCCGCAGAAAUGAGCGUCAGGACACUCCCUCCAUGCAAAUUCAUUGUGAGAAAGGAGCUCAGUUUCGUGCCACCGACGCGACAAACCUUUUAAUAAACUCAACUCAAGGCUCGCUCAUUCAUCAGACCGCCGGUCUCUUUGGGUUUGAACACAUGCCCCUCAUCUGCGCUCUAGGGAACUUUCGCAACAGCAAGCCUAACGACAGUGUGUAUACGGUAGACGUCAAUACCAUCAGCACCGACGUCUCGACCGAGCAAUAUUUAAAAAAUCAAAUGAGGAAUGUUCCAAACAGCUGUCGGAUUCUCUGCAUCGACUAUCAGGGCCACUAG